CACAGGCGAUAAACACCCCCACGGGUUUGGGUGCUGCAGUCCGGGUUGAGAAGCCCUGAGGAAACCGUAUUCGCCGCCGACCAUCCACCUCCAUCGCCGAAGUACGCGCGUUCCUUGUUUUAUUUUUCUCUUACAGAGAAGCAGGCACCGAUCCAUCGGAAAACAUCGACGACUUUCAAAAUGCCGCGACUAGCUUCGAAAGGAACGUCCCAAUUGUCGGCACGGGGGCAGAUGGAGAGACGGCGGCCACCGUUCCUCAGAGCUUCCACCAAGAGCAAGGAGACGGAACGAGGUACCGGAACUAAAAUGGAUUCUGCACGCAGUGGGGGUGCACGGGAGGAACAGGGUAGCGACGAAGAUCUGUCGCCGGACGCUUUGGUCAGACAAAAUUACGAGCUCCGUCAUCGUCUGGAGGAGGAGGCCGCGAGUUACAAGAGACGUUUGGACACGUACCGACAGGCUCAGCAACAUCAAGCCGCUCUUGUCUCGCGUUUGCAAGCGAAAGUUCUGCAGUACAAACAGAGAUGUUCCGAAUUGGAGAGCCAAAUGGCGGAAACGAUCCCGUACGACACCGGCAUUACGAAACCAGCCGCGACCACGUUAUCUUCCACCUCCGCGCUGGAGGCUGCCCAUCAGACACUUCGGGAUAUACGCGAGGAGCAAAUUCACGACCUGGACACCGCUCUGAAGAAACUCGCGGAGGAACGGCGAAAAUGCGAGGAACUCUUGCAACUGAACGCGUCGCUGAAGGAUCAACUCGAAGAAUCUCACCAGACGAACGAGGCGCUCACUAACGACAUGCAAAAACUGAGCAACGACUGGGACAUAUUGCGGGAAGAACUGGCCAUCAAGGAGGACGAGUGGAAGGAGGAGGAACAGGCGUUCAACGAAUACUACAUAUCCGAGCACAACAGGCUGCUUAAUCUGUGGCGCGAUGUUGUGUCCGUCAAGAGAUUGUACGCGGAAAUGAAAUCGGCGACAGAAAGGGACUUGGCCAAGUUGCGAAAUGACAUCGUCGCGUCGUCCAACGAGAUGACAUCGGCAUGCAACAGCGCGAACUUCACUAUGCAAUUACAGACGAACACAGGACAGUCUACAACAUCCCAGAAACUGCAACAGCAACAACAAGAAGAGCAAGCGACGUUCGUUCUGAAAACGGAAAUCACAGCGCUGAAGCAACAACACGCCGCCGAUCAGCACGAGAUUCGCAUGAAGGACGAUCGCAUAAAUCAGCUUAUUCGGGAGAUUCGCAAUUUAGAAGAGAGAUGCAGCGUUUCGGAAGCGGCGGUGACUCAAACCACGCGGAUGCAGGAGGAGAUCGAGGUGUUGGAAUCCGCGCUGAAGGACAUCGCUCACGCCGUGAUACAGGACGCCGAGAGUCGGGACGCGGACGCGUCGAAACAAGCGCCGUCGCACAUCCAUCUGUCGUCGCACAGCGACAGAUCGAUUUCGCAAAAAUCGCCGAAAAAGACCCCGCGUAGCAGCGCCAUACCGGCGUUCGCCGAGAGCACCAUAAGCGCGGUGCGAGCGGCUCUGCAGAAGUAUCAAGUGACCAUAUGCGAGUUACAGGUGAAAUUGCAAACGAGCAAGGAACAGCUUUUGGCGAUGCACAAGCAAUGCGACACCACGGAGGCGAACGCACAGAUGCUGAAUACAAAAGUCGCGGAACUGAUCUCCCAAUUGGACACGUGUAACUCGCAUUGCGCGCAGUUGAGUCAGGAGAAGGAGAUGAUGCAGAAGAAUCUCGACGCCGUGAAAGUGGAGAAAAACGCGCUGGACAAAAACAAGAUGGAACUCAACAGUAUGAUCGAAGCUCUGAAGAGCAACUGCGAGAAGCUCCAAAAGGCGAAUAACAAGUUGCAAAAGAUGUGCGAUAAUCUGGAGGACGAGAAAUUGUAUCUGCAAAACGAGCUCGGCAGAAUAUCGGACGACGUUAACUUGAAGGAAUUGAGUUUGCGAUCGGAGGAGGACAGGUGCAGCAAAAUGAGGGAGGAACUGUUGACGCUGCGAGAGGAUCUGAACAAGGCGUAUCUGGCGAAGGACAUGUUGGAACAACAGAAGCUGGAGACCAACAGAUUGAUAUCUCAAAUCGAGAAGAACAAAGGCGAUCUGGAAUUGGAACUGGAGCGAAUAUUGUUGGAGAAGUCGGACGUGCAGGAUAUGUUGAUGAAGAUGGAAGCGAUAUGCUCCAACCACGAGCAGGACAAGCAGAGACUGCAAGAGGAAUUGAAAAAAAUAACCGACGAGAAGAACAAGCUCGCGAAUCAGUGCGCCGAUCAGCAAGGCGAUUUGAACUCGUUGAGAAAGGAACUGUUGCAGGCGGAACAGACUCGACUCGACAUAGAGUCCGAGAAAGUCACGUUGAGCGAGAAAAUCAAAAUCCUGGAGAUUGAGAGGGAAAAGGUCGAGAUGGAGCUGGGUCAGAUAACUCGCGAGCGCAACGACUUGAGCAAUCAGUUGUCGGUUCUGGCGCGUAAGAAAGAGACGUUGAACGAAGACCUCAUGAGACACAAGCAGAAACUGGAACAGUCGAACGAGAUGAACGCGCGAAUAAACAGAAAUCUGAAAGAUCUCGUGAAGGACAACGAGGAGAAACAGGUACUUCUCGAGACAAAUGAUAAAGAAUUUCAACGACUUCAAGAGCAAAUCGCGUCGAUGCGCACCGAAAAGGAAAUGUUGGAAGGUGUGCUGUUCGACACGCAAACCAAUCUGGAAGCGACGCAUAUCAAGAAAACGCAGUUGGAGAAAGAGCAGAAGGAGAUCUUGAUAAAACAGGAAAGACUGAAGGAACAAGUUACACAGUUGACGAAGGAGUUGGAAAACAGCGAGAAGCGCGCGCAGGACAUCAAACAGUCGCUCACGCAGCAGAGUGGCGAUCAGAUCGCGGAAUUUCAACAGGUCAUAUCCAAUAUGAAGAGACAGUCCGACGAGAGCAUAAAGAAGAUCACCGACGAAAAAGAGAAAAUAAGAAUAACCUUGGAGAAACGGUUGCAAGACUCUGUGAUGCAACUGGACGGAGAGAAGAACGAAGAGAUCAAUCAACUGCAGCAACGAAUAGAGGAGAUGCAGCUACACUUAGAGAAUUUGUGCAAGCAGCACGAAGAGGUGCUGCUCAGGGCUGAGAAUGACAAGCAACAAGCGCUUCUCAUAGCUCAUCACGAGCAACAGGCUUUGAUUGAAAAGAUCGACGCCAUUAUGCGCGAGCUCGAAGAAGAGAAAAACAACUUGGAACGAGUCAAAAGAGAGGCUGCGGCGCGUGCCGAUCAGGAACGUAACAACACGAAUCAACUGCGCGACGAGUUGAGCCGUCUCAAGACCAAAUUGGACGAGUCAAAGUUGAAGGCCAACGAGGACAAGAUGAAGCUCGAUCUGAAGAUAGAGGAGCUCUGGAAGGAACGCGAGUCCGCGCAAAGAGAGGUCGAGGAACUUCAGGUCCAGCUGCACAUGACGGAAGACAAGGUGGACUCGCUGCAAAAUCAAUUACACGAUACCAUUAGGAAACUCAAAGAUGCUGACAAUGUUAACGAGACACUGCGCAAGGAACUGGUGGACGUGAGGAGACAGUUGGCGGACACCACGUACGAGAAAGAGAAGUACAACACCAGUAACAAGGAAUUGCGCGAACACGUGAAGAAAAUUGAAAGCGAGAGGAGAGAACAGGGCAGAACGUUGGAAGAGACGUAUCAGAAGAUAGCAACAUUGGAGGAUGUGAAAGCAAACAUGGACAACGAAAGGACGCGUCUGCAGGCGCAGGUACGCGACAUGGAACGCGACGUGUUGCAGCUGCAGCAACAGCUGCGCUUCACGCAGGACGAGUUGCACAAGUGUCACGAGAACAACGCUCAGGCUCAAAACGAGGAGAAGGAGUUGCAGGCGAGAUUAGCCAACGAAAUCGAGGAGAGAGAACGAAUACAGUUGCAACUGCAUCAAGUGAAGAAACAGGUUGUCGACUUGGACAACAGUUUGGAAGUUACGCGACAAGAGCUGGGCAAACUGCGCACGCGAGCGGACGAGGAGGAUGAGAGAUGGCGCGCUCGAGAACAGGAGUUGCUGGUGCGUCUCGAGGACAGUCGCUGUCGCGAGAGAAAAUUGGAGGAUCAGAAACACAACUUGGAAGUUUGCCUGGCCGACGCCACGCAGCAGCUUCAAGAGCUGAAGGCGCGUCUCGGGGGAUCCGAAGGAAGAGUUAGAGCUCUCGAUGCUCAGUUGUCGCAAUUGGAGACUGCUAAGAAAGAGGUCGAGCAGAAGUUGAGCAGCGUAGGCUCAACGCUACGUCGCAUCGCCGGCAUUCAAAUGGACGGGAGCGUGAACAUGCCGUUCAAACUGAUGAGUCCUUCGCGAAGAUGGAGUCCAGCACGUGCGCAAACCCACGGUGAUAGCGGCAGAGAUGUCGUGCUGGAUGUCGAUCCCGAGGCUGUUAGAAAGGGAGUAAGAACGUUGAUGCAACAGAUCGCUCAAAUCGAACGCGAAAGAGAUGAUUACAAAACUGAGCUGUGCAGCAUGAAGAAGCAGCUAAAAGAGUCUCAGGAGAAUCAGAGCAGCACAAACGUAAAAGUCAACAGUCUGCUCGCGAAUAUUCGAACGCUUCAGGAAGAGAAGAAGUCUUUGGAAACGAAGUUGACUCAAAAACAAUCUGGCUACCAAGCACAAUUGGAUGCGCUCCAGCAGAAGACGGAGGAGUGCGAGCAAUUGUGCGAAAGACUCACUACCUUAGAAUUGAAGAUCAGCACCGAAUCGGAAGAAAAGUCCCAGUACGAGGACAAGUUAGAAAAGAUGAAACAAGAACUGAACAAACUGGAAGCGGAGAAGCGUAGUCUUCAGAAAGAGCUUCGUCACAGCGAGUCUCGUGUGACGGAAAUAGAAUUACAAAAAUUGUCCUUGGACGGGGAUCUUCAGAGAUUGCAAAUGAUGCUGCAGGAAAAGGAUGCCCAUCUCCAGAAAUUGCAAGAUCGCUUCGAGACGCAAAGCCGCACCAUGACGGGUCUGGAGGAACGUUGCGCGUCCUUGAAAUCCACUAUAGAACAAUUGAAGCUAGCUUUGGAAAAAGCGUCCGCCACAGAGAGCGAACUCAAAGAUGAGAUCAAUCUACUGCAAAACAAUCUGACGGAGAUCACCUCCUCCUCUCAAAGCAACACCGAGAAGUUCAAACAGCUUCAGAAGCAACUUUCGAACGCCGAAAACGAACGCAGAAUAUUAUCCGAACGUUUGGAAACGGUUCAACAGACGUUGAGCGAUCUGAAACACACGAAUCAGUCGUUGAUCGAUCAAAACGCGCGACUGCAGAACGAAUUGGCUAAUAACGAGGUACAGAGAUCGGCGUUGCAGUCGCAAUUGAGACUGUCAACUUGGCCGCCGGAAGGCAGCGCGACCAAGGACGAAGAGCUGUUGCGUCAACUGCAAAACGCUCAAAGAGAACGAAGCGAACUGAGAGGAAAGGUGGACGCUCUUAACGAUAAGGUGAAGUUGCUGGAAUCUGACAAACGUAAUUUGGAGCAUCAGGUCGCCUCGGGCAAGGCGAUUAGUAUUGCUCGAAGCAAGAGCGAACGUCCGGAAAAAGCCCAUGUGGAACUUCUGGGCACUUGUUACAGCUUCGACAAUCUGGAACACGAGAACAGAGAGCUGAGAUUGAAAGUGCGCAAACUGGAGACCCAACUGGCGGAAAAAGAGACCGAGCUUAUACGAGUUAAGUCGACGUACAUUCAUUCCUCUCAUUUACUGGACACAAGUCGAGAUAGGAGCUGCGAGUUGGAAAGAAUCAGAGCUGCGCAGUUGCAAGCUGAGAAAUUGUUGGAAGCGCGGGAACAGAGUCAUCGUCAGCAAGUGUCGCGUUUAGAAAGUCAGAUACAAUUGUUACGGGAGCAACUGAAUCAGGAGAUAAAGCGCAGACAGUUGUACGUUUUGCGAAGCACGCGAGCCGGUAGGGAAAUGCAACAACUGCGACAGGCGCUGGGCGACUCUCUGAGAACCGUGGCGCAGGAUCCGUCACUGGACGCGGUACUGUUGGAACACGAAGCGCGUAAAUUAGAUUCCACGUUAACGAGCAGUACCAGUUUACCGCCGUCAUUAGCCUUACCUCCUCCACCGUCCUACAAUAGAUCCAGCACACCCAAAUAAAAUAAUCGUAAUUCGAAUGACGCGAAAAAGGUAAUCGGCGACUGAUCUCUGUCUUUGAAAACUGCCAGUUUGAAAGAAAAAACAGUAGUAUUCGUACAUUUACACUUCUUACUUACAUUUCUUAAAAACGCGGAGGUACAUUGUAAUUCUCUUAUAUCAAAAAAAAAACAAAAAAAACAAUAUUAUUCAACGUGCGUGUGUGUGCAUUUUACACAACGACAUUAUUUCAAGAAACGAAAUCACACUGAUCUUACAAAUGAAUUUUACUAGUGCUUCUUGAUAUUUUUUACACUACAAAAAGAGAAUGGAUUUUUUGAUAAUAUUUUAUUCGAUCUUUGAUAUACUGACGAUUUUUACCAAAUUUUUUUAUACGAACUUUAUGCUUCCAAAUGAUAAAAGGAUGUAGACGUGUGAAACAAUAUUUCUCACGGUUCACUAUAACGUGUACUGAAGAAUUUAAAAUUUAAAACCAGCUGAAUACUUUUUUUGACUAAAUUACAAUAAAAAAAAAUAUAUAUAUAUAUCUGAUUUAAUAUUAAAAAAUAUUUAUACAACUCCACACAUUAUACACAUUUAAUAAUUACACUCCACAAACACAGCGAAAACGCAAAGUGAGUAUGUGCUAGUCUGUGAAGUCCGUCCAUUGAUAAUUGUUACUGACUUUGAUCAGAAAUAUUUAUAAGUUUUAUUUACCUUAAAAAAAAAAUGUAUCUAUGAUAUAUACGUGACACGUCUUAUUUCAUACAUUUAAAUGAUUAGAGAAAGAUCGAGAAGAAGGCGAAAUGCGUGCUACUCGUGUUACUCGCAUGUAACAGGAGGUAUCCGUAAAAAAAAAAAAAAAAAA